AUGCUCACGAUCGAUGCUAGUGGUCUUGAUAAUGCUGGGAAGACAACGAUUGUGAAGCAGAUUAUGAAGGAAGAUGUCACAACUGUCAGCCCUACACUGGGCUUUAUCAUCAAAACAAUAGAUUUUGAAGGAUAUAGAUUGAACAUAUGGGACGUCGGGGGACAAAAAACACUGCGGUCAUACUGGAAAAACUACUUUGAGAAGACCGACACACUUGUCUGGGUGGUAGAUGCAACAGACCGUCUACGAGUUGAUGAUUGCCGGGAUGAACUCGCGGGCCUACUCCUCGAAGAGCGCCUGAUGGGAGCAAGUCUCCUGAUAUUCUUGAACAAGACAGAUGUAGAAGGAUGUAUGACGGAGGAUGAAGUCCGUGAACGGCUUCGCCUGGAUUCAAUAAAGACCCACAAAUGGACUAUAUUGCACUGCAGUGCCAUGACAGGCAAGAAUCUUCAUGAAGGCUUACAAUGGGUAGUGCAGGAUGCAAAAGACAGACUUUUCCUCUACUGA